GGCUUCCAGGCUGUGGUGACGAAUUCGAUGCCUUAUCAGCCAUUACAUGGUACGUGCAGCCCUUCAGAAUUCGACCAAUACUGCCUGCCACAAACCCACCACCCUCAGCUUGCUCCCCAGCAACAGCAGCAACAGCAGCAAUGCUUCUCAGAACCUCCGACGCCGCCUAAGACAACAGCCUGCAAAAGGAAAGAGGAACACCAAAGUCCGCCCGAUCAAACCCCUGCGCCCAAGAAGCCUCGGCUGGUUUUCACGGACUUGCAGCGGCGUACACUACAAGCUAUUUUUAAGGAAACGAAGCGGCCGAGCAAAGAGAUGCAAGUGACCAUCGCUCGUCAGUUGGGCCUCGAACCGUCGACGGUGGGCAACUUCUUCAUGAACGCCCGUCGCCGGUCCAUGGAUAAGUGGAAGGAUGACAACGAGAUGAACAACAAAGUUAUGACGAUGGUAUCAGUUGGUGGAGGAGGGGGAGCAACGCCCCCUGGGCUAUCAUCUGGAGGGAUAGGCACAAACAAUGGUCCACAAAUGAUUGCCACAAUUCAGCAGUCCCCGACGACAGUGGCCACGACUGUAGUGCACAUGCCGCAAAUGGGGCAGAUGGGUCAGGGUCAGAUCCAAACUAACAUGGUAAGUGGGCACUGUCUCGAAGACCAGGAUUUGUGACAACCAGCCACGCAACUUGUUUACUUGACACCUCAGUAAAGCGGGUCCUUCUAGGACGCCAAGCAACGAUUGUCUGCUGUCUGUAACUCCAUCUAGUGAAUCAUACCAUAAUCAAUUAAACAAAUCAACAACUUUUUCAUAAUGUCCGCCGUAAUCGUGAAAAUAAUCGUAAUAAAACUCAAUUAACCUAGCUUGUUUUUCAACUCAUUCGCAUCGAUCAAAAUCGUUUUAAAUCAUCAUUGCUCUGUAUUCUUCCGCAUUCAUCUUCCCUUUUCCUUGUGCACCUUUCUUUUUAUGCCGUCAUUAUUCUUUUCACCUCAAGUUUUUCUUCCCUGUUCAUAAGAAUCUCGAAGAAACACACGGUCAUCCAUUCAUUAUUCUUGUCCGCCAUUCCUUCUUUUCGGAGGGUAUAUACGACGACUUAUCAAUUUCUUAUCGAAAAAGUCAUUUCAAAUAUUCAUGUCUCAGUGUGAUAAUAGAUUUCUUACGCUGACUGUUGCUGCUGUAAAUGCUAAACCUUAACUUUUGUGCUAACAAAAUAAAGUAUUGUUGAUAAACCCUUAAGAGCCUACAAAGUCGACUUUUUCGUCGAUCUUUCACAAAUUAAGCGCUAUGAUAAGCCUUAAGAAACGUUUAUCCUUUGUGACUUUUUUAUUAUUAAGCUAAGAUGCCCAAGAGUUUCAAAAAUCAUUUACAGACUGGUUGCCAGCACCGCUGCCGCAACACAAAUAAAAAAAAAUCUGCCGCAUCUUUUUAAGCGCAAACUAUCUUGAUAUUUUCCUUUCUCUCUACCUCUCUCUCUCUCUUUCUGUCCCUAUUUUCUUCCUACUUACCUUCUUCUCUCUAUCAAUCUAUAAUUUGAGUGCGGGAUAUGGCUGCUCUCUACGCUUACUUUUCUAAUUUUCUGGUUGAAUGUUGUUGCUUGCUAUAAUGUUUGAUGCGCCUCAUCGCGUCACCCCGCCUUCGCCUCAUAUGAACCCUUUCCCCUGUAGAAUUAAGAUUGAAAAUGCAAGAUUAUCUCUAUUUCGAGAGUAUGAUAAUUCUAGUGAUGUUUGUGACACAAACAUUGAAUUACAGAAGUAAGACAAGAUUGCUUUAUUGAGAAGUCAAGUUAACAAUUUGCGUUGUUGUCAUACGAGGUUUUCUACCAGGAACCAGUCGAUAUUUUUGCCCGCUUAUGGAGGUUGUGCUGCAAGGGAAUGGCCGGCCUCAUGCACUUGGAAGUCGUACCGAGGCUAUUCAUAAAGUCUUGACCGUUGUUUUACAUGCAGCUCUGUUUUAAUAUAAUUUAUAAUCAUCGUAUCAUAACAGACGAUCUGUUGUUCAAACCGGGGAUUUCUUAUUUUAAUAAAUUUCUUGCUGAUGUAAAUUUUUAGACCACUAUAAU